CUCCAUCUCUCGCCCAGACCAGGUCUUCAAAAGUCUUGUCGGGUAUCCUUUGGGUCAUUCUUCUUCUUCUAACAACAUCAUACUAAAUAUUCUCUUCCCUCCCUCAUUCACCAUGUCCAACCUUCCCGUUGAGCCCGAGUUCGAGCAGGCCUACAAGGAGCUUGCCUCGACCCUCGAGAAUUCCACUCUUUUCCAGAAGAACCCCGAAUACCGCAAGGCUCUGGCUGUCGUCUCCGUCCCCGAGCGCGUCAUCCAGUUCCGUGUCGUCUGGGAGGAUGACCAGGGCCAGGUCCAGGUCAACCGCGGUUUCCGUGUCCAGUUCAACUCCGCCCUCGGCCCCUACAAGGGUGGUCUCCGCUUCCACCCCACUGUCAACCUCUCCAUCCUCAAGUUCUUGGGUUUCGAGCAGAUCUUUAAGAACGCCUUGACUGGUCUGAGCAUGGGUGGUGGUAAGGGUGGUUCCGACUUCGACCCCAAGGGCAAGUCCGACAACGAGAUCCGCCGCUUCUGCGUUUCUUUCAUGACUGAGCUCGCCAAGCACAUCGGUGCCGACACUGAUGUCCCCGCUGGUGAUAUCGGUGUCACUGGUCGUGAGAUUGGUUUCCUCUUCGGCCAGUACCGCAAGAUCCGCAACCAGUGGGAGGGUGUCCUCACUGGUAAGGGCCUCACCUGGGGUGGCUCCUUGAUCCGCCCCGAGGCUACCGGUUACGGUGUUGUCUACUACGUUGAGCACAUGAUCCAGCACGCCACCAACGGCGCCGAGUCCUUCUCCGGCAAGCGCGUCGCCAUCUCUGGUUCCGGUAACGUCGCCCAGUACGCCGCUCUCAAGGUCAUUGAGCUCGGUGGUUCCGUUGUUUCCCUGAGCGACAGCCAGGGCUCCCUCAUCGUUGUCAACGACUCCAGCUUCACCCCCGAGGAGAUCGCUUUGAUUGCCGACCUCAAGGUCGCCCGCAAGCAGCUCGCCUCUAUCGUUUCCGAGGGUGUCUUCGCCGACUCCGCCAAGUUCAAGUACAUUGCUGGUGCUCGUCCCUGGAAGCACGUUGGCAAGGUCGACGUUGCCCUUCCCUCUGCUACCCAGAACGAGGUUUCCGGCGAGGAGGCGCAGGCGCUGAUCGAUGCCGGAGCCAAGUUCAUCGCUGAGGGUUCCAACAUGGGCUGCACCCAGGAGGCCAUCGACACCUUCGAGGCCCACCGUCAGGCCAACGCCGGCAAGGCUGCCAUCUGGUACGCCCCCGGUAAGGCCGCCAACGCCGGUGGUGUCGCCGUCUCCGGUCUCGAGAUGGCUCAGAACUCUGCCCGCCUCAGCUGGACCUCUGAGGAGGUUGAUGCCCGUCUCAAGGACAUCAUGCGCUCUUGCUUUAAGAACGGUCUCGAGACCGCUAUCGAGUACGCCACCCCUGCUGAGGGUGUCCUGCCUUCCCUGGUCACCGGUUCCAACAUCGCUGGUUUCACCAAGGUUGCUGCUGCCAUGAAGGACCAGGGUGACUGGUGGUAAAUGCUUCGCAUCGUCGGUGAGAUGGUGCUAUGAUGAUGACUUUUCUUCUUCUCCCGUUUUGUUUCAGCGCAUGGAUAGAGGC